CUGGGUGAUAUAGGACAUCUGAAACUUGAUGCACUGCCGCUGAGGAACUGAUGCCCCUUGACUGAGGCAUGUGCAAAGAGGCUCAGGAAAUACUUCCAAGAACGGAGUGGAGAAAGCACAAUCCUGGCAGAGCAAGCAAUCUGUAAAGGUGUUGGGGACACGGCCCAGCAUGGCUGUCCCGCUGAGAGUGGCAGACCGUGGAGCAAGUGGAACAGUGUCGAGAGACAAAAACUAGGAAGGUUGAGCAGAUCCCGAAACCCUGGUAAUUCUCAUAUCUGAGAAUGGCGGGCAUUUCCUCUACUCCUGAAUCAGUUCUCAUCCUGGAUCACAUGACCAGACACCCCACAUGAGGACCAUGGCAGCUAGUCUCAUAGCAUAGAGCCCGGAGUUCUUCAACCCAAUGAGGCAGAAGUCAUCCCUUCCCCACCAAAGCAAAGAAAUCAAAUCCCGAUGGAACCCUCCUAAAUCAGCAGAAGAACCAAGAAUUGCACCGCCCCACCCCUGCCUCCUCCUGGAAGAGGAAAGACUGAAGGGAGGUGAGGGUGAGGAUGUGCCUUGCUUCAUGAGCAGGCAUCCUAGGGAAGUCAACAGCCAAGGAUGCGAACUGUGCAGUUAACCAUCUGGGGGGGGGGGUGUUUUUGCUUUCUCUCCACUGCACCCCAGGUUCUCCCCGCUGUCUCUUCCGUCCCAUGGUACUGAGCAGGAUGCUUUUCUAUCCCACACUUUCCAAUUCUUUCCGUAGGUCCUAGUCUGCACUUCAACUCCUUUUUCUCUCCUUCCCCUCUACCCGGCUGGGUCCCCUUUUCUCUGCUUCUUCCAGGAAGCUCCUCGCGUUCCUGCCCUCUUAACCCAGACUUCUAUGACAAAAUCCGAUGCACCGAGGCAGCAGGUGGAUGCCUGGAGAGAGGCUGGGGAGUUUCCUGGUAGGACCCAGCGCCAAUGGUGGGCGGGGACAGCGGGCGGGCGCGGCCAGCCUCGGGGCGGUCCCAAGUUGGGCUCCCGGGUCUUCGCCCCCCAGUGGCUGCAGCCCAGGUGCUGCGGGACACAAGGAUGUACGGCUGGCCGCUGCUAGUGCUGUGUGCGCUGCUCCCCGCGACGGCUGCGGGGAGCUCCGGCCGCUCGUACCCGCACCGCGUGGUUCUCGACCCCGAAGGCAAGUACUGGCUGCUCUGGGGCCGGCAGGGCGAGAGGCUUGCCUUCCGCCUGGAGGUGCGCACUAACGGCUACGUGGGCUUCGGCUUCUCGCCCACGGGGACCAUGGCGGCAGCAGACAUCGUGGUGGGCGGCGUGGCCCACGGGCGACCCUACCUCCAGGACUAUUUCACAAAUGCAGACAAGGAGUUGGAAAAAGAUGCCCAGCAAGAUUACCACUUAGAUUAUGCCAUGGAGAACAGUACUCACACAGUGAUUGAGUUUAGCAGAGACCUGCACACGUGUGAUGCCAAUGACAAGAGUCUCACGGAUAGCACAGUGAGAGUUAUCUGGGCCUACCACCAUGAAGAUCCUGGAGAAUCUGGUCCCAAGUACCAUGACUCAAAUAGGGGCACGAAGAGUCUGCGGUUACUGAAUCCCGAGAAAGCCAGUGUGUUGUCUACAGUCUUACCAUACUUUGAUCUGGUAAAUCAAAACGUCCCCAUUCCAAACAAAGGCACGACAUACUGGUGCCAAAUGUUUAAGAUCCCUAUAUUCCAAGAAAAGCAUCAUGUGAUAAAGGUGGAGCCAAUAAUAGAGAGAGGCCACGAGAGCCUGGUCCAUCACAUCCUGCUGUAUCAAUGCAGCAGCAACUUUAACGACAGUGUCCUGGACUUUGGCCACGAGUGCUACCACCCAAAUAUGCCCGACGCCUUCCUCACCUGUGAAACUGUGAUUUUCGCCUGGGGCAUUGGUGGAGAGGGCUUUACCUAUCCACCUCAUGUUGGAUUAUCCCUCGGCAUGCCACCAGAUCCUCGUUAUGUGCUUUUAGAAGUCCAUUAUGAUAAUCCAGCACGAAAGAAAGGCUUAAUAGACAGUUCUGGAUUGAGGUUCUUCCAUACGACGGAUACAAGGAGAUACGAUGCAGGAGUGAUUGAGGCUGGCCUCUGGGUGAGCCUCUUCCACACAAUCCCUCCAGGGAUGCCCGAGUUCCGUUCUGAGGGUCACUGCACUCGGGAGUGCCUAGAGGAGGCCCUGGGAACUGAGAAACCAAGUGGAAUCCACGUGUUCGCGGUUCUCCUCCAUGCUCACCUGUCAGGCAAAGGCAUCAGGCUGCGUCAUUUCCGCAAGGGAGAGGAAAUGCAGUUGCUGGCUUACGAUGACGAUUAUGACUUCAAUUUCCAGGAGUUUCAGUAUCUGAGGGAAGAACAGACGAUCUUACCGGGUGAUAACCUGAUCACUGAAUGCCGCUAUAACACCAAGGACCGAGCUGCAAUGACUUGGGGUGGACUGAGCACCAGGAAUGAAAUGUGCCUCUCGUACCUUCUUUAUUAUCCAAGAAUUAACCUGACCCGGUGCACCAGCAUCCCAGACAUCAUGGAUCAGCUACAGUUCAUUGGCGUGAAGGAGAUCUACAGACCAGUCACGACAUGGCCUUUCAUUAUCAAAAGCCCUAAGCAGUACAGAAACCUUUCUUUCAUGGACGCAAUGAACAAGUUUAAAUGGACCAAAAAAGAAGGGGUGUCCUUCAACAAGCUCGUCCUUAGCCUGCCGGUGAACAUGAGGUGUUCCAAGGCGGACAACGCAGAGUGGUCGAUUCAAGGGAUGACGGCGUUACCUCCUGACAUCAAAAAGCCUUAUAAAGCAGAACCUCUGGUGUGCGGGACAUCAGCUUCCUCACGUCUGCAUGGCGUUUUCCCUCUCCCCUUGCUGGGAUGCUCUCUGCUACUCGGAAGUAUGCUGAGCGCCCAGGGCUUGUGACUGCCGUAGAUGGUCAUGAUGGAGUCUGGAGUACGAGACUGUCCUUUCAAGUCAGGUUAAAGACUGUGUUCACGUUAGGCCUGAAGCGAUGGAUGGGUGCGAAGAACCUGGAAACUUUCAUUUCGCGCACACGCUCCCUCCAUUUUCCUUCCAAGGCUACCUGAGUGAUGUCCCUGUGGUGGUCCUCUGGGUUUCCUCAUAAAAGUCGAUGUUCUGUGCGUUCCUUUCUGGUGUAACUUCCCAGUGUGAGCACAGCCCUCUCUCCGUCUUGUCGCAGUCCCUGUGUUUUCUACGACUUUACUCAUGGUCCUCUGACCUCGGUGUUUAUCUCUGCAUCUUUCGUUUCCUCACUCAGAGUCUAUCGAUGCCCAAGCCCACAUCAAAGUAUUUCCCAGUCUCUGCAGCACUGCUCGGUGGGAAUUUUUUUCUUAAGCUCAGCAACUCUCUUGAAAGUCAGAGAUCCUGAUAGGUGUAGAGGUGACGGUGGCUGACUGCUGACUGAGAAAAAGUACGGAGAGCUGCAAACCCUUGCUGUGAAGGGUUCUAGAUGGGAUAAGAUUCCACAGAAGAAUAGACAGCCAUGGGGUCUGUAAGGUUCCUCACCACUCAGUGUUACCCUCUGGGUCGACCUGAGUCACAUUUCCUAUGAUAGAUUUAUUUUUAUAUUAGUUAAUAAGCUGAACUCUGAUAUAAAUUUUCCACCAACUGAGGAUCUUAUCCUUUUGGUUCUCUUUGUAUUAGCUGCUUAAAUCUUGUUUUAUAUCCUAUCUUCAGCCAUUAAGCUGAAUGUUUCGAUCUUAGUAAUAAGCUUAAUGGAAUUAAAGGUUUUGUAUAAUAUCUCAUGUGAUUCAUGAAAGAAUCGUGUACUGACGUCAUCAAAAUCAUCUGAAAAACUGUAUCUUUUCCACUUCGAGCCCUUCUUGUCUUACAAACAUAAACUAUAUUGUCAUUUAAAUAAAUAUUAUGCUUUAAAGCCUUUA